CGCCUUAUGCGCGCGUCAUGGCGGAGCCGAGGGAGGUCUCGCUGCUGGUGCGCAGCCCCGGGCGGCGCCACCGCGACCUGCGCCUCCGCGCCGAGCCCGCCUGGACCGUGCGGCGCCUCAAGGCCGAGCUGCGCCGCAUAGUGCCGGGGGCGCCGCCCGAAGAGGAGCAGAAGCUGAUUUAUUGCGGGAAGCUGCUGCUCGAUCACCAGCAUCUCCAGGAGUUUCUGCCAAAGCAGGAGGAGUUGCAUGCUCUUCAUUUGGUGUACAACCCCAAGGCUCCUGCGAAUGUGCAAGAAACCGACUCAGAGGUUAAAACUGGUCAACCAAGGUUAAUGUCAGAAGCUAGUCAAGAACCAGCUGCAUCUUCCUCAGAUGGUGAAAGACUGAGAUGUUCUUCUGGUGGCCAGGCUUCAGCGGAAGCCAAUACUAGGCUUGAAACACCUCCAAAUCCUUUCCAGACUGUAGCCCCAGGGUUUUCUGCUUAUACAACCUAUAGCAUGCUUCAGAUGUCCUGGCUUCAGCAGAUUUACGCAAGACAAUAUUACAUGCAAUACUUGGCCUCUACUGCUGCAUCUGCUGACCAGUCUCACCCACGACGUUCUCAGGAGAUACCAGUGGCACAAGUGACACCCCCAGCUCCUCUCCCAGAUCCAUUUCCUGCACAAAAUCAACCUGGAAACCAGAAUGCUGCUCCACAGGUUAAUGCGGCAGCCAACCAGAACUUAAGGAUGAAUGCCCAAGGGGGUCCCCUCAUGGAAGAAGAGGAGGAGGGUGGCAAUCGGGAUUGGUUGGACUGGCUCUACUCUGCAACGCUGUUCUAUGUUUUUGUCAACAUCAUCUAUUUCUACUCCAGUAUCAGCAGAUUCCUCCUGGUUAUGGGUGGCACUGUUCUGAUGUAUCUGCAUCAUGUUGGAUGGUUUCCAUUUAGACAGCGACCAGUUCAGCCCUUCCCAGUUAACGUUCCUCCUCAAGCUGCUAUAAACCAGGACCAGAACAAUAACUUACAGCAGGGAGGAAAUGCGGACAGAGCAGAUGACAAUGAAGCAGCAUCUGAUGAGGGACAAGCUUUACCAGAACUGCAGCAGGCCAACCCUUCGUUUAUGAGCACAGCAUGGGUUUUUUUCAAGACUUUCUUUGCAUCCCUCCUUCCGGAAGGGCCUAGGGUGACCCGCAAUUGACACCGGUCUGCUUGUCUGAAAUGUCGAUGGGCUUUAGUCUCCCUGAGUGAAAUGGAUAAAAACUCCAGCACGAGUGCAAACGUGUGGCAUUUCUCUGGCCUUCACUGAUGAAUCAAACUUCUCCAAGAAGCCUUAAGUUGUGGCACAGAGACAAGAUGAUUCUUCUCAUUCCAAAGUACUUUGUUCUGUAGCAUUUAUUAGAAACCUACAUAGAAGCUUGGCAUUGUAAACUUGUGCACUAAACGCACAGGCUCUAAGCAGGUGUGCAAAAAUGUUAGAGAAGCAAAUUGCUUCUUCUGUGCAAUGUGAUUCCUGUUGGAAUGUUUCAAAUGCUAUUUAAAUUACACUGAGUGUAGUAUCUUGAAACAAAUUGCUAGAUAUGCAUUAGCAGGUUUUUAGGAAAAAUCUAUUGUUAAAUUGCUUCAACAAUAUUUUAAACUUCAUGUAAAUAUUUUCCUAUGAAAGAUGUAUUGUGCAAUUUCCUUGGCAAAGUGGGGGACUGUAAGACAGUGACCUCCUGAUAAGCAAUUAUUUCAGUGGAGUUGCAGUCUAAAUACUAAGCUGCCAAAUUCAGAUACUUUAAUCUUGACUUAAUUAUUCCCUACUUCGAAAUCAUGGGAGAAGAGUAAGUGCAUUCAACUCUAUUUAGCAAGAACUUAUGCAAGAUAUAAACGUACUGUUUUCAGAUGUAAAGUUAAAGCAGUCUAAAAUGUAUAUUCAACUUAGUUGCUCUGGAAUGAAAAAUGCAUCUCUUUGUAUUUGAUUUUCCUUUUGAUUUCUGAUAUGGUUAAGGGCUUUGAUUCAAUAAAAAAUUGCAGGCACUUAUGUCUGUGCUUGUA